AAACAUUUCUCAACAUUCCUCUCUCUCUAAAGUCUAACCUCCUCCCUUUCUCUCUCUAGGGUUUUGCUAGGGUUUUCCAUUUCCGCUUGAGGAAAAAAUGGAUAGAUACCAAAAGGUGGAGAAGCCGAAACCUGAGUCUCCGGUGAAUGAAAAUGAGAUCCGUAUCACUUCUCAGGGCCUGGUUCGUAACUACAUCAGCUAUGCCACCACCCUCCUUCAGGAGCGACAAGUAGGAGAAAUUGUCUUAAAAGCAAUGGGGCAGGCGAUAAACAAGAGUGUGGCAAUUGCAGAGAUCAUAAAGAGAAGAAUUCCUCGACUGCAUCAGGAGACUGACAUCAGUUCAGUAAGCAUAACCGAUACUUUUGAACCCAUUGAAGAGGGCCUUCAGACUGUGGAGCAGACUCGUCAUGUCUCAAUGAUUUCAAUUACCCUUUCGACUAAUGAGCUUAACAAGAAUUCUCCUGGGUAUCAAGCUCCUUCUAAUGCAGAGCAAAAUAAACAGCAAUAUAACUAUCAGCCUCAGCAACAACAGAACUAUAACUACCAGCAACAGCAACCUCCUAGACAAGCACGUAUGGUUUACAAUAAUAAUGACAAUGGAGAUACGUAUGGACGAGGAAGAGGUCGUGGCAGGGGGAGGGGGCGAGGUUGGAACAGGGGUGGAUAUGCAAAUUACCAAGAUAAUGGUGGCUAUCAAGGUGGGUAUUCCGGUGGCUAUCAAGGUGGGUAUUCCGGAGAUCGAGGUGGGUAUUCCGGUGGCAAUCGAGGUGGGUAUUCCGGUGGCAAUCGAGGUGGAUAUUCCGGUGGCAAUCAAGGUGGAUAUUCUGGCGGCAAUCAAGGUGGGUAUUCCAGCGGCAAUCAAGGUGGGUAUUCCGGCGGCAAUCUAGGUGGGUAUUCCGGCGGCAAUCGAGGUGUGUAUUCCGGUGGCAAUCGAGGUGGAUAUUCAAGUGGCAAUCGAGGUGGAUAUUACGGUGGCAAUCAAGGUGGAUAUUACGGUGGCAAUCAAGGUGGAUAUUACGGUGGCAAUCAAGGUGGUUAUUCCGAUGGUUAUGCAGGUGAAUAUUCUGGUGGCAACAGUGGUGGAUAUCAAAACCGAGGUGGUGGGCGUGGAGGUUGGGGUUAUCGUGGUGAUGGAUACGGAAGAGGCAGAGGUGGUGGUGGCAGAGGCUUUGGGUACGGCUAUGGGAGAGGACGUGGAAGGGUGGGUGGGCCCCCUAGGGUUGGUGGUGGUGGUGGUAACCAAGAAGAAUAGUUGUGAGUUGUUGGUUUUUGUUUGCUCUUCUAAUUGGCUUGGCUUUUAUUUUAGUUGUUACUAUGUUGGAAAGUUGGUUUACGAUCUAUCUCAAUGAGUUGUGGCUUUGUUUUCUCGUAUUUGAUCUCAAGAAACUGCGCUCUCGAAUCGGCUUCUUGAGUUUGGUUGUACAAUGUUGAAAGUUGGGUUUUACAAUUCAUGAGUUUGUAGAUUAUUAAUCAAGUGUUGUUAGCAGCAGCAGCUAAUCUGUUUUUUUUUUUUUUUUGUAUAUUAUGUUUGUUUUAUUGAGCCAAAAGAGCAACCAAACCAAUUUCUCAUAUAAAUAAUUCUUUCUUUUGUAU